AUGUGGCCAGCCUCAUACUUUAAGCAACCACAUAGCUACAACACAGCUACGCAUGUUGCUAUGUUGGCGUGGAUCUGUCGGGAGCGGGAAGUAAUUUUUUGUCGCUUUAUCGGUGUUCUUGUCAAAGGAGGAGGCUGUCUUCGCGGUCACCCAUCCAGUUACUACGAGAUGGGGUCAUCACUGCGAGAGGUCAUCACUGCGAGAGGUCAUCACUGCGAGAGGUCAUCACGGCGGGAAGUCAUCACUGCGAGAGGUCAUCACUUCGAGAGGUCAUCACUGCGAGAGGUCAUCACAGCGGGAAGCCAUCACUGCGAGAGGUCAUCACUUCGAGAGGUCAUCACUUCGAGAGGUCAUCACUGCGAGAGGUCAUCACUGCGAGAGGUCAUCACUUCGAGAGGUCAUCACUGCGAGAGGUCAUCACUGCGAGAGGUCAUCACUGCGAGAGGUCAUCACAGCGAGAGGUCAUCACUGCGAGAGGUCAUCACUGCGAGAGGUCAUCACUGCGAGAGGUCAUCACUGCGAGAGGUCAUCACUGCGAGAGGUCAUCACAGCGGGAAGCCAUCACUGCGAGAGGUCAUCACUUCGAGAGGUCAUCACUGCGAGAGGUCAUCACUGCGAGAGGUCAUCACUGCGAGAGGUCAUCACUUCGAGAGGUCAUCACUGCGAGAGGUCAUCACUGCGAGAGGUCAUCACUGCGAGAGGUCAUCACUUCGAGAGGUCAUCACUGCGAGAGGUCAUCACUGCGAGAGGUCAUCACUUCGAGAGGUCAUCACUGCGAGAGGUCAUCACUGCGAGAGGUCAUCACUGCGAGAGGUCAUCACUGCGAGAGGUCAUCACUUCGAGAGGUCAUCACUGCGAGAGGUCAUCACUGCGAGAGGUCAUCACUGCGAGAGGUCAUCACUGCGAGAGGUCAUCACGGCGGGAAGCCAUCACUGCGAGAGGUCAUCACUGCGAGAGGUCAUCACUGCGAGAGGUCAUCACUGCGAGAGGUCAUCACGGCGAGAGGUCAUCACUGCGAGAGGUCAUCACUGCGAGAGGUCAUCACUGCGAGAGGUCAUCACUGCGAGAGGUCAUCACUUCGAGAGGUCAUCACUGCGAGAGGUCAUCACGGCGAGAGGUCAUCACUGCGAGAGGUCAUCACUGCGAGAGGUCAUCACUGCGAGAGGUCAUCACUGCGAGAGGUCAUCACUGCGAGAGGUCAUCACUGCGAGAGGUCAUCACUUCGAGAGGUCAUCACUGCGAGAGGUCAUCACUGCGAGAGGUCAUCACUGCGAGAGGUCAUCACGGCGAGAGGUCAUCACUGCGAGAGGUCAUCACUGCGAGAGGUCAUCACUGCGAGAGGUCAUCACUGCGAGAGGUCAUCACUGCGAGAGGUCAUCACGGCGGGAAGUCAUCACUGCGAGAGGUCAUCACUGCGAGAGGUCAUCACUGCGAGAGGUCAUCACUGCGAGAGGUCAUCACGGCGGGAAGUCAUCACUGCGAGAGGUCAUCACUGCGAGAGGUCAUCACUGCGAGACGUCAUCACUGCGAGAGGUCAUCACUGCGAGAGGUCAUCACUGCGAGAGGUCCUCACUGCGAGAGGUCAUCACUGCGAGAGGUCAUCACGGCGGGAAGUCAUCACUGCGAGAGGUCAUCACUGCGAGAGGUCAUCACGGCGAGACGUCAUCACUGCGAGAGGUCAUCACUGCGAGAGGUCAUCACUGCGAGAGGUCAUCACGGCGGGAAGUCAUCACUGCGAGAGGUCAUCACUGCGAGAGGUCAUCACUGCGAGAGGUCAUCACGGCGGGAAGUCAUCACUGCGAGAGGUCAUCACUGCGAGAGGUCAUCACUGCGAGAGGUCAUCACUGCGAGAGGUCAUCACGGCGGGAAGUCAUCACUGCGAGAGGUCAUCACUGCGAGAGGUCAUCACUGCGAGAGGUCAUCACUGCGAGAGGUCAUCACUGCGAGAGGUCAUCACUGCGAGAGGUCAUCACUGCGAGAGGUCAUCACUGGUCUCAUUCCCAUUAUUUAUUUAUAUUUAUUUCAUAA